ACCACUGUCAAUCCUCUUAUUUUAACAAAACCAAUAGAUUAAUGCACUUAUUAGCGCCAAUUUUUCCUUAUAAAGGCGGUUUUUUUGAGAAUUGUUUUAAAUAUUAUCCAAAUGGUUUCAUCUCCUAAGAAGAAAUCGUUUUCUGUACAAAAUAUAUCAAUCGAAGGAAAUAUUGGCAGUGGCAAGACUUCAUUUACAAACUACUUUUUAAACAAUCCCAAUAUACAAGUGUUCCCUGAACCAAUAGAUAAAUGGAGAAAUUUAUGUGGACACAACCUAUUAGAUUUAUACUAUGCUGAUCCUGUAAAAUGGGGGUUUGCAUUUCAAAUGUUUGUUCAAAAAUCAUUGAUGGAUAUAAUCUAUAAACCUACUAAAUGUCCUUAUAAAAUAAUUGAACGAUCAAUAUAUUCUGCAAAAUAUACAUUUGUUGAAAAUAUGCAUAAUAAGAAAACUAUAAAUGAUGUUGAAUACUUAGUUUAUUCAGAAUGGUUUGAUUUUUGUUCCAAAGUGCUCCCACUUAAAAUUGAUUUGAUAAUCUAUAUCAGAACAGACCCUAUAAUAUGUUACCACAGAAUAAAAGAAAGAGGAAGAAUAGAAGAAACAAUGAUUUCAUUGGACCUAUUAAAUGAACUACAUGAAUUACAUGAAAGUUGGCUUAUAAAGAAGUAUUUUACAGAUUUUGACAUACCAGUUUUGGUCCUGGAUGGAAAUCAGUCAAAUAAAUUCAUGGAAAAACAUGCCUCUCAAGUUAUGAAAGAUAUGUUUGAAAAUAUUAUAAUACAUAAACAUCUGUCAAACAAUUGUGAUCGGUCACCUUUAAAGCAGUUGUAUGGAAAUUGUUCCAAAUUUUAUGAUUUUUAAUAUAAGACUUAUUUAAAAACAAUGCAAAAUGAAUAAUAUA